CGAGGCGGACUAGGACAACUGAACCUCCUUGCUGUGCCAUGGGAACUUCGUGCCAAGACGCGUGUUGCCAAAGUCUGUGGGAGCAUGAGGUUGUCAGUAUUCAGGCGGCGCCAGCCUAUCAGAAUGAACUUGAGGCGUUCAAAGAUGAAACCCAAGCACCCGAUGAACCAGUGAAACCUGUUGCGGGGGAAGCUUCACCAGUUUCUGAGAAUGUCCUUGUAUCAUUUGGUGAUGAAGCAGAAGUUUGUCAUUGGGAGUCACCAGCAGAAGCCUCGAUUGCAAUCGGUGCAGCACAGACUGGAAGUGGUAGCGUCCAACCCUUGAAACUGGAAGUUGAAGAUACGAAGUUGCUUCGAGCUUCACUCUUGUCUUCUGUGCUGAGUCGAGUUGGGACUGAACUACGUGCCAACAGUCUAUCGCAAACAUUCACGGAGGAUCAGGCGACCUCCUUGUACCGCAAAUCCACAGAAGUGCAAAAGAUUGACUACUUCAUCAGCCAUUGCUGGCAAGACAGCCGUGUUGCCAAAGUUUUUGCCCUGUACAUCCACAGCAAUUUGUGGGCAGCGGUGAUUCUUUCCAUUUUGGUGGCGCUUGUGUCUUCUCUCCUAACUUACUGGCAAGUUCUACCGGUUGUGAAGGCAGACGGAAUGGACAUUUUUCAUUUCCCGUGGGCAUUCUUCUUGGGCUGUGCUUCGUUCUUCCUUGCUUUGUGCACGUGGCAUCAAAUACGCGAUCUAUCUGGCUUCAGGCGCCACUACUUCCUCGACAAGUUUUGUGUCCAUCAGAAAGAUGCGGACCUGAAGCGGAGGGGAGUGCGAGCUUUUGCUGGAUUUGUCGCAGCCUCGCAGCGGUUGCUGUUGCUGUGGAGCCCACGAUAUUUUACGCGGCUUUGGUGCACACUGGAGAUGGCUGCACUCGUGACGUCCAAAAAGGAAGAAGGAUCUUUGCCUGUGGACAUUAUUCCGCUGACUCUGGCCCAUGUCAGUGUGUCGGGUUGGAUGGUUGCAUUCAUUGUCGUUGGCACAACUCAGAUCAACAGAGUCAUCGGAAAUCCUCUACCAGAUGCUGCAAUCAUUUUUAUCUCCUGCUGGACAUCGACUUACUUUUUGACUGCUGUUUUAAGGCAGUAUUCACGAGAUCGCCAUGCCUUGGAGAAGCAACUGCAGGCAUUCUCCAUUCAUGAAGCAGAAUGCUCGUUGAAUCGCGACCGUGAGUGUGUCGAGAACAGUGUCCUGCAAUGGUUUGAGGAUGUUGACAGCUGCAAUCAGCAUGUUCGUCAAGCGGUACGCCAACAAGUACUCUCUGCUCUGGGUCCUGCGUCACACUAUUCCACGCGCCUGCUUGUGCCAAUGGUCCUUUUCUUUGCCUUCAAUGAGGCAGACUACAUAGUUGGUGGUUACUACAUGGACAAUGCGCUCAGGAAGAUCGCGGCCUUUUUUGGGAUGUCCGCUAUUAUCUUGUCGUUGAUUCCUGUGGUGUAUCACCUGUCGCUUGCUUAGUACAGCCUUGAUUUGGGUUCUCUCACUUGCUUUUACCUCAUGUGGCAGUCCCUCACCAAUCUCACGCCAUCUUGUUUCAAAAAGGAGCAUGGAAGGCUCGUGGAUAUGGUGAUCAACUUGCUGAUGUCUGGCAGCGUGACCACUUUCUGUGCGGGCACCUUUUUGAUUCGCUCAAUUGUAGUCAAUCCUGAUAUGCCAGUCUGGGUUGUUUUAAUCCCAGCUUUUGCCAUCGCAGCAGCAAUGUGGAUGCAGAGAGCUUCUUUCGAUUGUGCCAGACGAAGUCGACAAUCACUUUGACUCGCUGCAUAAUGACCCGAAUGUACAGUUUGCAUGCGCAGUUUCACGAGAAAUUCUAAUUGUCAAGACAUGCGCUUGUUGGGCGUGCGCAAAACAAACCGAUUCGGGUUUUGUAAGGAUCACGAUGUGCACAGGCUUGAGUGUGACGCAAGGCCAGUUUGGCUUGCAAGUGUACAAUGAAGAUCAG